AGAGCGCACUGUGCCCGUCCUCACCCUGAUGCGUUACUGUUCUAUGGAAAGAAGGAAAGAGCGUGUUUGGGAUUAUAUCGGAUAAAUCACGGUCACGGAAUUGGUUGGUCCACCUUAACAGAAAAAGGGACUGGACGUGAAGCGUUCGAGUGUAUAUAUGUGUGUGAGAGAAAGAGAGAAAGACUGUCUGUCCAUGCAUAUGUGAAUUUACCAGAACUUCGUACAGUGAGAGCGCAAGUGUGAGGGCGCUCUUGGGGGGCGGAGCUCCACUAAGGGGCAGAGUUUCCAGGAGGAAGCCAGACAAAAAACAUGAGCAAAUUGACGUUCCACAACAACAAGACCAUGCAGGAUCGCCGUUGUGUGUGUGUGUUUCUCCCAAACGAUGAAACACUCAACGUCAUUGUCAGUGUAAAGACUUUGUGUCAGGAAUUAUUGGAGCAGGUUUGUGAUCUGCUCCGCCUGAAGGAUUGUCACCUAUUCGGCCUCAGUGUUGUUCAAAAUAAUGAGCACAUCUAUAUGGAACUAGGACAGAAGCUGUCCAAAUACUGUCCAAAGGAGUGGAAGCGCGAAGCCAGCAAGGGAAUUGAUCAAUUUGGUCCGCCAAUGAUUGUGCACUUCAGAGCUCAGUACUAUGUGGAGAAUGGAAGACUUAUCAGCGAUCGCAUGGCACGGUAUUAUUAUUACUGGCAUUUAAGGAAGCAAGUGCUGCAGUCCCAAUGUGUCCAGCGGGAGGAGGCCUAUUUUUUGCUAGCUGCAUUUGCUCUUCAGGCUGACCUAGGAAACUACAAACGAAACAAACACUUUAGCUCCUACUUCCAGCCAGAGUCCUACUUUCCUUCCUGGGUGAUCACAAAGAGGGGGAGAGACUAUAUUCUGCGACAUAUUCCCAACAUGCAUAAAGAGCAGUUUGCUCUUACAGCAUCGGAGGCUCAGUUGAAAUACAUCAAACAAGCAGCACUUCUGGACGAUGUCACUGUCCACUACUACCGCCUCUAUAAGGAUAAAAAAGAAGUGGAUGCAUCUUUAACCCUGGGGCUAACUCUACGUGGCAUCCAGAUCUUUCAGAAUGUAGGCAGUGUCCGGCAGCUUCUAUAUGAUUUUCCCUGGACCAACGUGGGCAAACUUGUAUUUGUGGGGAAGAGGUUUGAGAUCUUGCCCGACGGCUUGCCAUCUGCCAGAAAGCUCACCUACUAUACUGGCUGCCCUCUGCGUUCCCGCCAUCUCCUGCAGUUGCUUAGCAACAGCCACCGCCUAUACAUGAACCUUCAGCCUGUGCUUAAGCAAGUCCGACGCCUGGAGGAGAAUGAAGAGAAGAAGCAGUAUCGGGAGUCAUAUAUAAGUGAUGCACUGGAGUUGGACAUGGAUCACCUAGAGCAGCGAUCUCGUGCAAGCGGCAGCAGCAUGGGCAGUGUUUCACGGCAAAAACGUUUUUCUCGUCACUCCACAACCAGCCACAGCAGCUCACACACGUCGGGCAUAGAAACCGACAGCUUUCGUACCCCAGCGCACACACCACAUCGGCCACUCCGCUCGCACUCCUCCUCUAACACCAGCCAUGCCAGCACACACACAUCCGGCAUUGAGAGCAGCGGCAAGGAGCGAGGCCUGGAUGAUGAUGAGAUUGAGAUGUUGGUCGAUGACCCUAAAGACUAUGAAGAACUCACUGAUUUAGCAUUGGAGCUCAGUCAAGACCUCUGCAUUCACAUCACUGAGGACAUGCUAACAUCUGCACAAAGCAACGGCUAUUCAGGCUUAGUUGUGAAGGAAGUAAGCUCAUCAACUUCGAGUUCAUCUGAGACCGUGGUGAAGAUGAAAGGCCAAAGCAUUGAAUCACUCCCUCAGAUGGUGUCGGGCAGAAAGUCUCAGAACUCCACCGACCGACACAGCCAGUCACUGGAUGAUAUCCGUCUAUACCAGAGGAAUUCCCCAGAGUGGGUGGAGUCUUGUCAGGACUCUGCCCAUAGUUAUACAUUUGGUUGUGUGGAGGAGCUUAGCAAUGGUUACCAGGGACUUGCAGAACAGCAGGCUGGAAUCUGUGAUGACCAACACCCUUUUCCCAUCAAAAGAACCAACAAGUACUUCUCCCUGGACUUGACCGCAGAGGAGGUGCCUGAGUUUGUGGUGUGAAAGAGGGAGGAUAAUCAAAACAAAGAAAAAAAGAUGAAAUACAUGACUGAGGACAUUUAUAUUUUGUGUGUGUAUGUGUGUGUGAGUGCGAGUGAGGGAGAUCGAGAGAGUAUAAAGAUCAUAAUGUAAUGAAGCUGCUGAAUUUCGGACGAGAAAGGGAAACUGCAGUCUGUCUCAGCUGCUUUAGCAAAAUGUGAACAUCUCUAUGUGUGUGUGUAUUGUGUUUGUGUGUUGCAUGCAGACAGAAUGAGAAGUUCCAUUUCAUGUUCAUUGUGUUGGGCUUUUCUGGGGUGUAUAUUAUGUUUUUACUCUAUGACACUAGAAGGACAGUACAAGUCUGUGAGGUUGCAUUGGUUUCUUUGUGCGAGUACGUAUGAGUGUUUUUGAUCGUACUAUAUGAGCUAUUAACCAAAGAUGAGCCGUUUUCAGUGUUCAAUAAGCAGCUGAACAUACAAGCCAUAUCAUAAUACUUAGUGGACAGAAAUGGUACAAGCAUAUAUUUACAUUUCCAGGCAAAGUUUGGACACACUAAAUGUGUAUUUUUCAGCAUCUUAAAGGUAUUUUGAUUAAUGCCAAUGUUUAAAUCUGGAUUCUAAAACAAAUGUAAAUAGUAAAGCUAUAAAUCUAUUUCUAAAUAUAUUUUUAAUACAUAUUUUUUGUUUGGGGUAAAUUGUUUCAGUCUGAACAUUAGUGAAGCAAACAAGUGCUCAGCAUUUCUGGGAGCAUUUAGAAGAACUGGGUAAAGCUUAUACACAAUGAAGCUAGUUAAGAAGAUACCAAAUUUUGAUGUUUCUUGACCACUCCACAAUUCCAUGUGUGUGUUAUGUUUAGUGUAAAAUAGAACACAAAAAGAAAAAUCCUUACUUCUUAUGAGCAGAUGUGUCUAGACUGUUGUCUGGUUUUGUGUGUGUUCUGUAUGUAAUAUGUGUAUUCUGGUGCUGGCUGCUGGAAGUGAACCACCUAUGCCUUUGUUACACUAUGCAAGUUUGAGACCAUGUUACUGGUUGUCUCCCAAGACUCUCAUCUGUGCACCAAAUACAUUUUUACACCUAUGCCAAGGAUAAAAGCAGAGACGGUUACUGUCUGGGUGGUCCCACAGCUUUUAUUGAUGCUUGAGAAGUUCCUGCUCUAAUAUUUAACCAAACCUAGUUGUGGUGAGUUGCACAGAUGCAAUCAUAAAUUUGUCUUCCUUAAUCCUCUAUAACGACCAAACCACAGGUUUCUUGCGUUUUAAGCCCGAGGGGGCAGAAUAUUGAUGUCAGAAUACUGAACUGGUGAGCUCCUCCAAAAACAAACAUGGCACAAAAAUGUGUGUAAUCACCACUUGACCAAUUAUUAUGCAAAGCUGUAAAAUGGGACAAAAUGGAAAUGGAAAAAAAAAUCACCAGAUCUGAAAUUCUAGCCAUAAUUCAUAGCCAUUAUAGAUUAGGAAGAAUCCUAAGAAGCCAAAUUGUGGUUUUCCAAGAAAUUGCAGGGCAAGUAGAAACCCACCAAGCAGACUUUUCCUGCUAGUCUAUAUUUACAAUAACACCAUAUGCUUUAUGUUUGUAUGUGUUGAUGUCUCCUUAAUCAUUUUUAUGAACUGGAACUUUUUAUUUUCUAAGUAAUUUGUUAAACUGUUGUUGUCAUAAAAGUGGGAGCCAUGUCUUUUGGUUAUGUUUGUUUGCGACAUUGUCAGUAUUACUUUCAAAUGGAGGUCAGUAUUAGAAAUCCCUGUUCUCCCAUUUUAACCAGUGUAUUUGUGUUGUGUGUUUAUUCUCAUUAUGAAAUUAUUUACUAACAUAUAAUCAAUAACGUAUCAAUAUCUAAUGAAGAUUUUUCAAAUAUAUUCCAGGUAAACCUGUGAAAUAUCAAAUGAUAAUGUAAAAACAGAAGCUAAAUUGUCCUCUCACCUGUCUGCUCAAAAAAAAAAAAAGAAACUAGAUUUCUUUCAACGUUUCUCUGUUUUGGGUCAUCAUCAGCACUUUUAAAGUUUUCUCAUGCAUGUGUGUAGCUCUUCAGAGCCAUGUAAAGCCCCCCACCCCAGAUAUUGUACCAUGAAGUGAGCCUUUAAUCUCAUUAAUGCUUCACACUACGAAAAAGUAAUUAUACAUGUCUCCCUCUUUAUAUUUUUGACAACUAACAGUUGUUAACACAGCAAUCAAUAUUGUAAAUGUUUUUGAUAAUAUAUAUUGUCAUAUUACAUAGUUAUUAAAACUGCAGUUUACAAGUUAAAUACAUAAAUGUAGUAAUAAAUGGAGCAAAACAUUUAAACUUAAUAGUGAUUAACAAGUAAAUAUCAUCAGACUGAAACAGGCCUUCCAUAUAAUAUCCACAUUUAUUCCGAUCUCUUUUUAAUUUGUUCGCCUGCAGUUAUUUUAGUCCUUUCUAUGAAAGGAAAUGCCCUAAAAUAUUAUUUUUCACCCUUCUUUUGUAAACCCUGUUAAUUGAUGCUCAUGUUCCAGUAAUAAAUUGUGGUGCGUGUCUUGCAGGUACUGAUGUCCUAUAAUGUACGCAAUAAAGGUACCUUUGCAGGAAAA